ACACGAGACAAAAAUAUAAACUCCACUAGAUGAGGAUCUGAUAAAAUAUGGCUGGGAAGAAGACGUGUGGUAAGUGCUGUUGCGAGCCCCCUUGCGGCCUUGCCUCUCAGCACGGACUCCAGACAGUCACUCACCACUCACCCUUGCUUGGCAGGGUAUGGAGGCCACGAGAUCAUACCUCCCUGCUGGCCGCUUGAAGCUCACCCGCCCGGCCGCACAGUUCCACGUCGACAAGCUAUCCAGCGCCCACAUCUACCUGCGGCUGCGCGAGGGCGAGACGUGGGACAACAUCCCGGCAGACCUACUGACCGACCUGGCCCAACUGACCAAGGCCAACUCCAUCGAGGGUAGGCCCCGAGACAGUGAGUUGCAGUUGCGGCUCUGUCAAAUGCUGAAAGACGAGGCCCUGCAGGCAACAAGAAGGACAAUGUGACGGUCAUCUACACGCCGUGGUCCAACCUGAAGAAGGACGGCAGCAUGGCGGUCGGCCAGGUCAGCUUCAAGGACCAGAAGAAGGUCAAGCGCAUCCUCGUCCCGCAGCGGGAAAACCCCAUCGUCAACCGUCUGAACAAGACCAAGGUCGAGAAGUACCCGGACCUGAAGCAGGAGAAGGACGACCACCUGCGGGAGUUGCGCAAGAAGGACCAGGCCGCGCAGCAGGCGAGGGUAUGUCUCUGACC